UCUAGCCAGCACCAAAUCAUUUCUCCCCCAAGGCCACUUGUAUAUAAACCUCUCUAAAAACCUUCACCCUCAAUUGCAGAACCUCUCUCUCUCUCUCUCUCUCUCUCUCUCUCUCUCUCUCUGACUAUUAACUCAUUCUUCCUCAUUCAAGGUGAUCCUCCAGUUAAAGCUUCUUCAAUCACAAUAGCCAAUCACUCUUUCUAUAUCAUUAGAGUUGAAUAUGGAUGCAUCUACUCUCGCAAUAUCUCCAAGAAAGCUUAGAUCCGAUGUGUACUCCUAUUCCUACCAAGAUGACUCGAACACGCCAUUGGUGAUCAAUGUUCUUGCCUCUCUCAUCGAGAGAAGUAUGGCUAGGAAUGAAAGGAUUGCCAAAACUUGCAAAUGGGCUUUAUCUAAAGACAGUCGAACCCGAGUUUUUGAUUGCCACGAGACGCCGGACAUGACGAUUCUGUCAUAUCUAGAGAGGAUUUUCCGAUACACUCGAGCCGGGCCAUCGAUUUAUGUUGUUGCAUAUGUCUAUAUUGAUCGGUUUUGCCAGAGCAAUCCUGGAUUUCGGAUCAGUGCCAGAAAUGUCCACAGCUUUCUCAUCACAACCAUUAUGGUGGCUUCUAAGUAUGUGGAGGACAUGAAUUACCGAAAUUCAUACUUUGCUCGAGUUGGGGGAUUGACGACCGAAGAAUUGAACAAAUUGGAGCUUGAGUUUCUGUUCUUGAUGGGUUUCAAAUUGCAUGUGAAUGUAAGUGUGUUCGAGAGCUAUUGUUGUCACUUAGAGAGAGAAGUCAGCAUUGGAGGAGGGUACCAGAUAGAGAGGACUUUAAGAUGCGCUGAAGAAAUCAAAUCAAGGCAAAGAGAAGAGAGAGGGUUUAAUCAGAUUGCUCGUCUUAUGUUAUAGAUCAGUACUUGAAAGAGGAGUUUUUUUUUUUUUUAACCCACCAUUGGGAAUUGUCGAAGGAUUUACACGAGGAAGUCGACAAAACAGAUGAAAUUGGUGUGCAAUUACAGAGAUUUCUUGACAAGGGAAAUCUAGCGGCCACUUUCUUGUACUUUCAUAUAAAGUUGUAUAUAUGUAUGAUAUUUUGCCAUAAGUUACAUGAGCUUCCAUGAAACAUUAAUAUAAAGAAUAAUAUCAGCGAUUCAGCGGUUCCAAUUGGAAAA